AUGAAACACUUACGUGAAUGUUUUCUGUACUAUGACUCUUUCUCCAAGCUGUGCAGUUGUGCGUGGGGCAUUUCGCUGCUCCUGUGGCCGCCCUGGAUCUACUCGUGGCCGUACAUCGAGGGCGAACGCACCGUGCCGGACAACGAGUGCUACAUCCAGUUCAUCGAAACCAACCACUACAUCACGUUCGGCACCGCCAUUGCCGCCUUCUACGUGCCUGUCACCGUCAUGUGCAUCCUGUACUGGCGGAUCUGGAGGGAGACGGAGAAACGCCAAAAGGACUUGCCCAACCUCCAGGCGGGGAAGAAGGACUCCAGCAAGCGCUCGAAUUCCAGUGACGAGGCGGUCGACCUGGAAGACUGGAAGCGGUCGCGGUCCGAGUCGAGCACGGCCCCCGACGACGGAGAAGGCGGCUACAUGGGCCGGCCGGUGAGUACCUAA